AUGAACACCAAUCCAUUCUCCCAGAGCGGCUGGCAGGCAGGAGGUGCACCGUCGAUUUUCGGGGCACUUCCGUCCGUCCCCAUAUCCAGUACGAUGCCUAGGUCGAUCCAGCCAGACAGCUCGUCGUUCAAAUUCGUGAACUUUAAUACGACCAUCCUCAAUUGCACUGUUCUUGGCCCCCAAGACCGUGUUACCUACCGAGUCGUCACCGACACGGGAGCCCCAGCCUCGACCAUGUGGAAGGACAACGAAAAUCGCAACGUCGCCAUGGUGUAUUGGCAGCCCUACGCUUCGGUGGAAAUCCGCACGGCUACUGCAAAACAGCGCGCGCGCGACUGGCUCAGGCUUUCUGCGGAUAAAAGCCAAAGAAUCAUGAAGUGCAACGGAGCCCAGUAUGCCUGGUCACCUAUUGACGGCUUCAUAUGCCUCCACAAGGUCCAGUCGACUGCACCACGAGUACUCGCUCGGAUUGCAAGAGCACAAAGCAUGGUUUUGCUGGAGAUGACUCCAGAAGCAAUGCAGCUGGGUCUGCUAGAGCCGGCUAUAGUCGCCACUGUCUUAUUCAUCUGUGGACACAACAUCGACUGA